CCGAAGCAGUUUUAUCUAGAAGGGAUACAGCUCUUGUCAAACUUGACUUUUCGUAGCAGGUUUAGGAGAAUUUAUGCAGCAGGUUAGGAUAAUUAGGUUAAGGUUUGCUAAAAUGCACAAAAAAAUAGUUUUGACGUCAAUUUGACAAAAUCUGUAUCCCAUCUAGACAUGACCCCUGAAGCCAGUUGCUUUCACUUCCCUGUUAUGAAGAUGACUAUAGCGCCGUCAGGAGUGGUUACAACUGCGCAGGGCACUUGAGGUGUGCCAUCCGGUUCAUUGUAACAUAAAUCUCUUUUUGAAUUUCCAUUCUGGUGAGUCGCCGGCAGAAGGUGAUGCUGCAGAUUAUUUCUAUCAUUGGCAUUCCCAUUCUCGUGUAAAGCAAUGUCUACCGACGGAGAAUCAAGAUUUGUAGAGGAUAUCUUUUGGGUAGUCUACUUUGCAAGAUAACACGGGCUGUGUGGCUGUCUGUUAAAAAGCAUUGUCGCUUUGGCGUGCUGAAGCAUCGUGGAUCGUAUUAUUGUCAGUUAUUUCACGUAGCGAGGCGAUCACCAAUCAAGACCUACACACAGCUACCGUGAACGAAAAUCCACAUUUAUAGCGGAUUUAAAGACAGUUUAGGGUGCGCGCCACCUGUUGCUGGGAUGAAACCCUCGCCAGGCAAUGGGGUGAGCCUCGAGACGCAUCGUGAGAAAUUGCUGUCCAACGGAGGCUGCGGGGUGUCAGACACCGUGACUGCUGUCCAACCUGAAACUGGUCCCGGAUCCCCAAUGACUGACAAACCGGGAGCGGGAGAAACUACAGAUGCCAAAGGAAUCCCUAGGCGGAGCAGUAUUAUCAAGGAUGGGUCUCGUGCUGGUCGUGAGAGGAAGAAGACGGUAUCCUUCAGCAGCAGUCUCUCUGAGAGGAAGAUCAGCAGCGCUGCAGACUGCAUCAGCGCCAUGAUGGAGGGUACUGAGUUUCGGAAGGUGCGCUCCAACUCACGAGUCUACCAACGCUACUACCUGCUGGAGUCAGGUCUGCAGGCCCUGCGAUGGGAGCCCUCCAAGAAGGAGUCAGACAAGGCCUGCAUCGCCGUCCCUUCCAUCAGAGAGGUCCGCACCGGUCGCAACACAGAGACCUUUAGGACCAACGGCGUCUAUGACCAAAUCUCUGAGGACUGUGCCUUCUCUAUCAUCUAUGGAGAGACCUAUGAAGCUCUGGACCUGGUGGCUAACUCUGCAGAGGUGGCCAACAUCUGGGUCACUGGCCUGAGGUAUCUGAUUCUGUAUGGGAAGCAUGCCAUAGACAUGAUGGCCAGCAGUGAGGACAGCCUUCGUCUCGCCUGGCUAGCAGAGACAUUUUCCUCUAUGGUUGUCUCAGAUGGACAGGGUGGAGGAGAGGAGGUGGGGAUCAGUUUGCGCUCGGCUGUAGGUCUGAUCAGGAGUGUUAACCCUGGGGUGAGGAGUGAGAAAGUGGAACACCGGUUUAAGGAGCUCCAUCGUGUCAAGGAGAGGAUGAAUGGGGCCAGGACAUCUGGAGUUGGAACUGUGGCUGAAGCAAAGGUUGGGGCUUCAGUUGUAGCUGUGAUUGGCUCAGGAGCUGGCGAUGAGGAUAGGGCUCCAGCUGUGACUGAAGUUGAGGAAAGGGAUGGGGGUGAAUCUGGAGCUGGGACUGGAGCAAACGCAGACAACAGAAGAGGAGGGAUAGAGGACAGGGUAACCAAGGAGGAGUUCAUUGAGGUCUUUCACGACCUUUGCACCCGACCGGAGAUCUACUUCCUGCUGGUGCAAUUCUCUAGCAACAAGGAGUACUUGGAUACCAAGGAUCUAAUGAGGUUCCUGGAGGUUGAGCAGGGCAUGACUCAGGUGACUGAAGACACCAGUCUGGAGCUCAUCCAAUCCCACGAGCCGUCGGAGGAGGGACGUCGCCAAGGCUGCCUCUCAUUGGACGGUUUCACCAGAUAUCUCACCUCCCUGGAGUGCCACCUGUUUGACCCGGAGCACAGCCAGGUGUGCCAGGACAUGAGCCAGCCCUUAUCCCACUACUACAUCAACUCCUCCCACAACACCUACCUCAUCGAGGACCAGUUCAAGGGGCCCGCUGACAUCACCGGCUAUAUCCGCGCUUUAAAGAUGGGCUGCAGGUGUGUGGAAGUGGAUGUCUGGGAUGGCCCUAGCGACGAACCCAUGGUUUAUACCAGUCACACCCUCACCUCGCCCGUCAAGUUCCACUGUGUCCUGGAUGUGAUCGGCCGUUUUGCGUUCGAGGCUUCGGAGUUUCCACUGAUCCUGUGUGUGGAGAACCACUGCUCCCCCUGCCAGCAGAGAGUCAUGCUCCAGCACCUGAGGAGGAUACUAGGGGAGAGGUUGUACACGAAGCCUCUCAGGGAAGGGGAGGUGUACCUGCCCUCGCCUAAUGCCCUGAGGGGCAAGAUCCUGUUGAAGGGGCAGAAGUUGGAGGAGGGAUGCGGGGGGGCGGAGGGGGACGUGACUGACGAAGACGAGGGGGCGGAGAUGUGCCAGAGGAUGAAGGCUGGUAACAGUGGAGAAGGAGCGGGGGAGGGGGGGCAGAAAGGUGGAGGGGGUGGUGGUACUAGUAGCAUUAAAUCCCUGACCCCUCCUACUACCCCUAAACGGUUCCAGCUCCUAAAGGAGCUCUCUGACUUGGUGACUCUGUGCAAGUCAGUACGUUUUACAGACUUCCAGAUGUCGUUCUCUAUCCAGAAACCCUGGGAGCUCUGCUCGUUCAAUGAGACCCUAGCUUUGCGCUGCGCCAGCGAGCGCCCAGGAGACUUUGUCAACUACAACAAGCGCUUCCUGUCGCGGGUCUACCCAAGCGCCAUGCGCAUCGACUCCAGCAACAUGAACCCACAGGACCUGUGGAAGUGCGGUUGCCAGAUUGUGGCUUUGAACUACCAGACGCCCGGGUUGAUGAUGGACCUUAACAUCGCCUGGUUCCGCCAAAACGGGAAUUGUGGGUACGUGCUGCGACCCGCCAUCAUGCGACAGGAGGUGUCGUAUUUCAGCGCUGAUACAAGAGACUCUGUGCCGGGUGUGUCCCCUCAGCUGCUCCAUGUCAAGGUGAUCAGUGGUCAGAACCUGCCCCGUCCGAAGGGUUCUGGAGCUAAAGGAGAUGUGGUGGACCCGUACGUCUACGUGGAGAUCCACGGUAUCCCUGCCGACUGUGCCGAGCGCCGCACCCGCACGGUGAUGCAGAACGGAGACAACCCCAUCUUUGACGAGAGCUUUGAGUUCCAGAUCAACCUGCCAGAGCUGGCCAUGGUGCGCUUCGUGGUGCUGGAUGACGAAUUCAUAGGGGACGAGUUCAUAGGUCAGUACACCAUUCCCCUGGAGUGCCUACAGCCAGGCUACCGGCACAUACCAUUACAGUCACUGAUGGGGGAGGACCUCCCGUACGCCAUGCUGUUCGUCCAUGUGGCCCUCACCAACCGGAGAGGAGGGGGAAAGCCCUACAAGCGGGGGCUGUCUGUGCGGAAGGCGAGGCGAGGGAGGGACUAUGCUGCACUCCGGGACCUGGGGAUCAAAGAAGUGGACGAGGUUUUCAAAAUGGCCGGCCCGCAACUGAAGGAGGCCACGGACCUGCGGGAGAACAUGCAGAACUCGGUGGCAGUGUUCAGGGAGCUGUGUGGGGUGUCAGCGGUGGCUAAUCUCAUGCAGUGUGUAUUGGCCCUGGGAUCCCGUGUGGUGGGGGCCGAUGGGGACCCCCUGAUGCUCUUUGAGCUGAGGGAGCAGUACCCCUCCAUGGAGCCCCAAGGGCCCCUGCCGGACGUCCUACGCAGGGUGGUCUCCACCUACGAAACGAUGAUCCAGGCGAGCAGAGCAGUGAUGGAGCUGUCAGACGGAGUCUACGACAGGAUCCUACAGAUACAGACAACAGCCAUGAAGUUCCAUGAGACGUUGCAUUCCAUUGCAGUGAAGGAGGGGCUUAAGGAUCGUAAGGUCACCAGAGCUGUGGAGAGUUUCAGCUGGAACAUCACCAUAUUGAAGGGGCAGGCAGACCUUCUGAAACGGGCUAUGACGGAGGUGCAGGAGAACAUGAAGCAGGUACACUAUGCUGCCCUGACGUCUAACCUUAGUAAGGGUGUGACAGGAGAGGCGACCCGCCCCCGACGCAGCCUGGACACCAUCCAGGAGAGAGCUACCACUCCGGCUAGAGGUUCCCCUUAGGUACAGGUCUAGGACCAGCUUACCCACCUCAAAUUAUAUAUUAAAUCAAAACAGGGGAAAUGUCAAAUCUGACCUUAGAUCAGUUUCUAAGGGCACCGUCAUCCUUCUGAGGAUCGGCAGGUUGGCCAGAACUGACAACCAAGUUGCUACGCACACUCAAAAGUGAAUGGCUCCUUCUGCAUCUAACCCGGUUAGGGGCUGUUGGAGUUUAGUUGGCCAUUCUCUCCACACAACGAUGAAGAGAAGGAAGAUGGACUAAAACAAUGAAAGAAAAAUACUCCUGUUAUACCACUGUCAGGAGGGAGGAGUAACGUCGAAGACACUGGAGACAGGAAUGUGGAGAGGAAUGAAGUCAGACAAUCAGAAUGGCCUGUCCCUGAAUGUUGCUGGAAAUAUGUUUUUAAUCCUACUCUCUGUGAAGUGUUUGUUCUUUUUGUAGCUGGAUUCAAUCUGUAUCGCCGAGUUAUCGAUGAAGAUCCGUUCAAUCUGUAUCUCCGAGUUAUUGAUGAAGAUCCGUUCAAUCUGUAUCUCCAAGUUAUUGAUGAAGAUCCGUUCAAUCUGUAUCUCCGAGUUAUUGAUGAAGAUCCGUUCAAUCUGUAUCUCCGAGUUAUUGAUGAAGAUCCGUUCAAUCUGUAUCUCCGAGUUAUUGAUGAAGAUCCGUUCAAUCUGUAUCUCCGAGUUAUUGAUGAAGAUCCGUUCAAUCUGUAUCUCCGAGUUAUUGAUGAAGAUCCGUUCAAUCUGUAUCUCCGAGUUAUCGAUGAAGAUCCGUUCAAUCUGUAUCUCCGAGUUAUCGAUGAAGAUCCGUUCAAUCUGUAUCUCCGAGUUAUUGAUGAAGAUCCGUUCAAUCUGUAUCUCCGAGUUAUCGAUGAAGAUCCGUUCAAUCUGUAUCUCCGAGUUAUCGAUGAAGAUCCGUUCAAUCUGUAUCUCCGAGUUAUCGAUGAAGAUCCGUUCAAUCUGUAUCUCCGAGUUAUCGAUGAAGAUCCGUUCAAUCUGUAUCUCCGAGUUAUCGAUGAAGAUCCGUUCAAUCUGUAUCUCCGAGUUAUUGAUGAAGAUCCGUUCAAUCUGUAUCUCCGAGUUAUUGAUGAAGAUCCGUUCAAUCUGUAUCUCCGAGUUAUCGAUGAAGAUCCGUUCAAUCUGUAUCUCCGAGUUAUUGAUGAAGAUCCGUUCAAUCUGUAUCUCCGAGUUAUUGAUGAAGAUCCGUUCAAUCUGUAUCUCCGAGUUAUCGAUGAAGAUCCGUUCAAUCUGUAUCUCCGAGUUAUCGAUGAAGAUCCGUUCAAUCUGUAUCUCCGAGUUAUCGAUGAAGAUCCGUUCAAUCUGUAUCUCCGAGUUAUUGAUGAAGAUCCGUUCAAUCUGUAUCUCCGAGUUAUUGAUGAAGAUCCGUUCAAUCUGUAUCUCCGAGUUAUCGAUGAAGAUCCGUUCAAUCUGUAUCUCCGAGUUAUUGAUGAAGAUCCGUUCAAUCUGUAUCUCCGAGUUAUUGAUGAAGAUCCGUUCAAUCUGUAUCUCCGAGUUAUCGAUGAAGAUCCGUUCAAUCUGUAUCUCCGAGUUAUUGAUGAAGAUCCGUUCAAUCUGUAUCUCCGAGUUAUCGAUGAAGAUCCGUUCAAUCUGUAUCUCCGAGUUAUCGAUGAAGAUCCGUUCAAUCUGUAUCUCCGAGUUAUCGAUGAAGAUCCGUUUUAAAAUGUUUGAGCCGACAUACAGUAUGAAGCGACCGCGGGAAAAUUGACUUUAAUUGUUGAUCGCGCUAUAAAAGCGUCUCUUCAGCACUAUGGAUUGAAUGGAGUCCUUGUUUUUUGUUGGGGGGAGUGGAGGGCUUUCAGGGCGAUCAAAACUACAGAACAAUGUGAAACUGAAUGAGACCGAAGUGAUAACUUACGUGUGGGAGGAGGCUGAUUCAGAAUGUGUGAAUUGUGACUGCUACCAAUAAAAUAUGCUAUUUAGCAGACACGUUUAUCCAAAGCGACUUACAGUAGUGCAUGCAUACAUUUUGUUUUUGUAUGGGUGGCCUCAGCGGGAAUCAAACCUACGAUCCUGAAGUUGCAAACACCAACUGAGACGCUUCAGCUUCUCCGGGUACAGAGGAACAAAAGAAUGUAGACGUGUACAGAGUAGAAUGGGAAUCCCCAUUCAUGUCAAUUAUGCCGUAAUGUACGUGUCUGUCUGCAGGUUCACUCCCUUGUACUUGACUGAUGAAUUAAGGGUGCUGAUUAGUAAGGAACUCCUCACCUGUGGAUAUUGGUGGGAUAGGGUUAAUGACUCAACUGUAUGAUCAAAAACAGUAUUUCAAGUACUCCUUCCAUAGCACCUUGACCAAUGCUUUUCUAGGCAGUUGUGUCACACUUCACAUUAUUAUCCUCAUUCUGUAAAAUGUUACUGGAUUUUUACAAAAUGGUGACUUCC